AUGAGUGCCCAGAUGUUUGUAACCAUGCCACACUGGAAGUGCAGAUGGGCUCUGCCCUGUUUCAUGCUCCUGCUUCUCUUAGGUUCCCAGCUUCUGGGGACUAACAGCUGGAGUUCCCAAGAGGAAAGGGACAGCAGUGAACAAAAGGACAUGGAAAGUCAUUUCCCUGCCACCAUAGAGUAUGCCUUACACAUAUAUAACCUGCAGAGCAAGGACUUAAAGGCCUACAGGCUGGUGAUCAUCCUGAAUGCCUGUAAGGAAGAGAUAGAAGACAGACUGGCCUUCUCCAUGGAGCUGGAGCUUCACAGAACCAAAUGUGGGAAAUCUGAUGAUAACAUUGACAACUGUCCCUUCCAAGAAAGCCCAGAGCUGAACAAUGAGAAGGGACAUGUCACCUGGUCUGUUGUGGCUAUUUCUGAGGUUUCCAUGUCUCUGCCGAGUGUGUGA